AUGGCAAUCGAGGAUAUUGGCCUGGUGGGCAUCAAUGUGAGGAUGUGGCGCCACUUGGCCGUGCUGUAUCCCACUCCGGGCUCCAGCUGGCGCAAGUUCGCCUUCGUGCUGCCGGUGACUGCGAUGAAUGUGAUGCAGUUCGUCUACCUGCUGCGGAUGUGGGGCGACCUGCCCGCCUUUAUUCUGAACAUGUUCUUCUUCUCGGCCAUUUUCAACGCCCUGAUGCGCACAUGGCUGGUCAUCAUCAAGCGUGGUCAGUUCGAGGAGUUCCUCGACCAGUUGUCCACACUGUUCCACUCGCUUCUCGACUCCACCGACGAGUGGGGACGUGGCAUCCUGCGGAGGGCGGAGCGAGAGGCUCGAAAUCUGGCCAUCCUUAAUCUGAGUGCCUCCUUCCUGGACAUUGUGGGGGCUCUGGUCUCGCCGCUUUUCAGGGAGGAGCGAGCUCAUCCCUUCGGCGUUGCACUGCCAGGAGUUAGCGUGACCAGCUCGCCCGUAUACGAGGUCAUCUACCUGGCCCAGCUGCCCACGCCCCUGCUCCUGUCCAUGAUGUACAUGCCCUUCGUCAGCCUCUUCGCCGGCCUGGCCAUCUUCGGAAAGGCCAUGCUGCAGAUCCUGGUGCACAGGCUGGGCCAGAUUGGCGGAGCGGAGCAGCCGGAGGAGGAGCGCCUCCACAGGCUGGCCUCCUGCAUUGCGUACCACACUCAGGUGAUGAGCUAUGUGUGGCAGCUCAACAAACUGGUAGCCAACAUUGUGGCGGUGGAAGCAAUUAUUUUCGGCUCGAUAAUCUGCUCACUGCUCUUCUGCCUGAAUAUUAUAACCUCACCCACCCAAGUGACCUCGAUAGUGAUGUACAUCCUGACCAUGCUUUACGUUCUCUACACCUACUACAAUCGCGCCAAUGAAAUAUGCCUCGAGAACAACCGGGUGGCGGAGGCCGUUUACAAUGUGCCGUGGUAUGAAGCAGGAACUCGCUUUCGGAAAACCCUCCUGAUCUUCUUGAUGCAAACACAACACCCGUUGGAGAUAAGAGUCGGCAACGUUUACCCCAUGACUUUGGCCAUGUUCCAGAGUCUGUUGAAUGCCUCCUACUCCUACUUCACCAUGCUGCGUGGCGUCACCGGCAAAUGA